AUGAAAAUAUGUAUUAUAUCGCUAAGUCUAUUGUAUUAUAUUACAUUCAUAAAUCAAUGGAAUUUUGUAGAAUCUCAUCCAACUUCGUCAAGUAAUGAUUCUACAACCACUGAAACAGCUCCUGAAACUAAUCCUACUCCAAUAUCACCUGAAUCAACUAAGAGUACAAAUGUUUUAUCAUCUUCUUAUCAUGCUGGUACAUCUAUAAUUCCUUCCGAGUCAAGUAUAUCCACUGAGAUCAAGAAUACUCAGAGUACUAAUGAGUUCGACUACUCCAGGGAUGAUGAUUUCCAUAAAUACACUCCUAAGUCUGGCCAUGUAUUCAGUAAGGUAUCAAUGGGAACUGAUGUACUUUGGGAGUCCAAGGAUGAUCUAUAUGGUAUUGAAGUAAUGUUUAUUGAAGGUGUUAGAUAUCUAGCUAUACUACUGAAUGAUAAUACAUUCAUAUUGUUCCUUCAGUUGGCUGGUCAAUGGAAAGAUAUAACCGAUACAAAGUGCGAUGUUUCUAAACUUAGGUUCUUUGGAGAGAAUGAUACUGAGCUCAAGUCCUCUGACUACAAGGUUUUUAUUUUCCGUUUCUUUUUUACCUUCACGUUCAAUACUGGUGUCAAAUGUCAGAAGAUCAAGCAUGGUAAUGAAUUUGUUUGGAAACACGAUGACGAUCCUAACUACAAAUCAAUAAAGUCAUUUUCACUGGGUUUAGGUUCAAAUAAAUUUUUCAUCAAGAACCAGUCUGAUCAGACUAAGGAACUGGAUACUAUACAGUCGACUAGUCCUACCAAAACUCAAGUUCAGUCACCUACUCCAGAAACUACUCCCGUAACGUCUGGUGAAUCUGAAACUCAAACUAAACCAACAACUACAGUAACUCCUGAAUAA